CGUCGCGUGGUUUUCAGUUGAGACUGAUAAUCAAACACAUGUGUAGGACGAUGGCGGUAUUGCCGCAGAAUUUAUAUAGAAAAUCUUUGAUAAUAUUGUUUUUCGUUGGAAUAAUUAUCACAAUUUCUACCGAUGCUCAUCGACUGAAUGUUCCAAGAGUUUUACUCCCCAUAUUCAAUGACUUCCCUGUGAACUUUACCCUUGAGGUUACUGAAGGAGGAUGUUACAAAUGGUCUACGCCGCGCCUGGAUUUAAUCAGGCUCGUUCCAUUGAACGAAAAUAUAGACAGAACAUGUUCAUCUGCUGUAAUGGUACAGACGGUGACCAAAGAUUCUACUCGUAACACUGCUAUAGUUUUGGCUGAGGAUGUUACUUCUGGACAGUUUCUCAGAUGUGAUGUCAUUGUUGAUGCGAUAUUCUCCUUUGCUCUAGUAACAACGACCAGGGAGCUUUUCAUCGAGGAAGCCCCAGAGGCUUUUGAAGUUAGAGCAUAUGAUGAGCAAGGUAAUGAAUUCACAACCCUGGCGGGCAUCGAGUUUAACUGGACAAUUGGAAAUGCUGAGAAACAUGGAUUACAGAUAGACAAUAAGACCCCCAACCAUGUCUUGAGGUUUAUGACCUUUCAGGAAUCACCAUAUGAAACUCCUCCUACUGUUGCUGAGCUUGACGCCGCUGGGAAAAAAGGACAUAUUGCUCUUAUUGAGGGAAUCAGAACAGGCACUGCAAAAGUCUCUGUGAAAUCAUCUCAUGCCGAGUAUAGACAUGUACCUGCGAUUGAAGUGGAAUUGAUAGUUGUAGCAAAUUUGAUCAUUCUACCAUCUGAUGUAACAAUGAUGACCUAUGACAGCUUGAACUAUAAAAUUUUGCAGGUUCACCAAGGAAGAUUGGAAGAGAUUACUUUACCAUCUAGUCAGUAUUACCUUGAGGCUGAGAACCCAGAAAUUUUAGAAAUAAACAACGAACACAGUAGGGCCUAUGCCCUUUCGAGAGGAAAGACAAAGGUUCUGCUGCACGAUAGAAACGUAGAUGAAGAGUACAGUGUGGUUUUACCCUCAGUUACGGUAAAUGUGAAUGCACCUGCAUACAUUAGUGUGACGGCCUUACCAGACAGAAAUUGGGGCCUUAUUCUUGGAAAUACCCAUGAAAUUGUUGUCGAAAUAUAUGACAGUAAGGACCGCAAAAUUCACAUCGGCGAAGGUGUGGAAAUUCAUGUACAAAUUGAUGAGAUGUACUUGACAGUUUCCUCAAGGACGCAGAAUGGUAGCCAUAUUGUGGCAAGACCUAUAGCCACAGGAACGACAUUAGUUGAGGCAAAGUUACUCGCCAUCAUCAACAACAAGGGAAAGAGGAUCGAUUUGACACCUCGACUAUCAGCUACAGCUGAAUUGGCGAUACAUUCGCCUGUGAUCGUCUCUCCCAAGAUAUUGGCCAUCCCCUGGGACCCCCGCAGUAAAUCCAAGUUUGAAGUGGCAUUGAGUGCGAGUGGAGGAGACGAUACCUACAUGUGGACUAGUCAUCACCCUACGAUAGCUGGAGUGUCACAAAACGGGGUGGUACGAAUCUUACAAAAAGGUUUUGCAAAAGUGAGAGUUUCAAUGGUUCGCAACCAACACAAUCACGAUGAAACGGAGGUGCACGUACUGACACCCUCACGACUAGAAAUAAUUGAGUAUAACAUGGAAGCUGCAGUCGGAGAACCGAUAUACAUUCACAUUGCUAUUUACGGAGAAAUGCGUAAAGAAGGAACAGACGAAACAUACGAAAUACCAUUCAACGACUGCCGCGAAAUACCUCUUGACGUUUACAUCCCGGAUGGUAACUUUGUACGCAAUAAUAGUGAGAGGCUUGAGUCCAUCGGUGUGGCAUGUACGACUCUUUUAGUCAUUGGCCUGGAGGUAGGGACCUCCGGAGUCACAGUAGCCUACAACAAUAACGGACAAUACCUCGUGGACAAUGUCACUAUAUCUGCUUACGAACCAUUAUCUGCGGUACAUCCUUUAACUGGCGAAUCUCUCCUGGCUGUCGGUUCGUCACGGCGGAUUAUUUUUAAAGGCGGACCAUCUCCGUGGCUCGGCAUACACCAAGGCUAUUCCAGGGCGUUUAAAAUAUCAAGUGAGGGUGUGGUGCGAUCCAGGGUAGAGGAGCAUAUGCAAGAUAUUGGGAGCUCGAAUAUUUACGUCUAUGACAUUACUUGCUUAACUCUCGGAGAGGCGACGCUUACUCUUACCAUAUCUAAUAUCCCCAUAUUACCAAACUGUCGGAGAACCGAGGCAUCAACCUCUGUACUGGUGAUCUGCGGUAAACCAAGAUAUAUUUCAUUGGUCCCCGAGUUCAAAGAUACAGAGAAUUGUCCGAUAAGUCAGAGCGCAGAUCGCAUUAUGGCCCGUAGCGGGAAGGACUUUGAACUCUCAGUAAUAAUUAAAGACGAGGAUGGGCGAAAAUUCGAUAACUUCACAAGCCUGAAUAUUGACUGGGCACUUGACCCGACUGAUUAUGCUGAAAUCGAAAGGAUUUCGGGUCUCAUGGAAGAACCUUAUGAAGAUAUGAACGUUCUUUUACCAGGGAGGCAUUAUCAACGUAUUUUACUAAAACAGAGAACUGGGGCAUUGCAAGUUCUCGCAAGAGUUACUGGCUAUCAAAAACGGAUACUCGGAAAAUUGGGGAUAGUCCCUGAACGUCCACCUUUUCCUGUACAGACCACAAGGGGUGGCUUUGAGACCCCUGUCAUAAAAGCUUCGAUAAGUAUGGUUCUUGUCAAUGACACUGUAAUUCAUCCAAGUAACCUGAAGGUUCUUAAUGACCCAAAUAUGAAGUAUUCGAUGCAGGUCAGCCAGGGAUCUGGGUAUUACAAAUUCGUUUUGAGCGAUACUGACAUCGCGGAAAUUCGAUACGUGGAACCUACCAAAACGAUAUCUAUUCUACCAUUGAACUCUGGUAUUCUGCAUUUUGCCCUGGUCGACCUUUGCCUCAAUUCAGCACCUGCCGAAGCCGUGAUAGAGGUUCAACAACUUGGCGGAAUACAAGUGGAUGCAAUUGAUAAGGUAGAGAUAGGGAAAUGUAUCAUGGCUGCCUUAAAACUCUAUGAUACCAACGGACGUACAAUGGAAAUCCCUUCAAUUGAUACGUUGAGUAUAAAAGCAAACACUGAUAAUGGAAAAAUAGAAGUAAAACUCCUUCCGAACAACGAACAAGGCGAGCCACCAUUUGAACAAAUUCUCUACAUGCUCCAUGGCAUUGAGGAAGGUGAGACUCAGCUUUCUUUUGAAAGUGGAAGAAAUGAAGGAGAGAUUCGUAGUGAACCGAUUACUAUUGAAAUAUUUCUGCCACUCAAAAUAACUCCACGGAAUCUCACCAUACUUGUCGGCAGUGUGCAUCAACUUUCCACCACCGGUGGUCCCUCUAAUUCGGAAAUUGAAUUCAUCAGUAAUGAUCGAGACAGCCUGACAGUCAGUAGCGACGGAAUGUUAGAUGGAAAGUUGUUUGGCACAGUCACGAUAACUGCAAUUUCUGUGGGGCUCACAUCUAAUGGGAAACGCGUUGUAUAUUCCAAAGAUAGUGUAGAAGUGAGAGUUGUGCCCCUCGAAGGUGUGAAACUCAGCACACCUACCAAUAGAAUAAAAGUUGGUGGAAAAGUUCCUAUUUGGGCGUUUGGAAUACCAGAAAAUAUCACACCACUCGUAUUUGGCUCAAUGAAAACAGAAAUUAGAUUUUUCUGGUCAACAAACGAUCGAUCGGCUGGGAUUUUAAAACUCGAAAACAUGUACGAAGGAACAGGUGUGGAAAUAGGCUAUGAGAACGAAGUAUCCGUUCGGGCAAAAGGUCUGCGGCCUGGGACGGCUACGAUCUGUCUGAAUGUAACGGUACCCUGUAAAGUUCUCGCUGAAUGUGAUAAGGAAACUGUGUUUGUAGCAUUUUUAAAGAUCGAAAUAUUCGAAGAGCUCCAUUUACUUGGUGUCAGUGAUGGUUAUGGAAGACCAGUUUUACUAAUGACUCCCAAUUCCUCAUUCAAGCUACAUACAAAUCGUGAUAAACACGGUCUAAUCAGCUAUAAAAUAUUAACACACAGUUCUACUGGAGAAACCGAAGAGGCAAAUGCCCUGACUUCAACUAGCAAGGGUGUUACUGUCAAUAAAAAUGGCAUUGUAAAAUCAGGAGAUAUGAUUGGCAGAACUAUGCUUAUUGUCACAAGUGCUGAAGCCUAUGGCCUGAAACAGGUGCUGACAGUAGUUGUUGAAGUAAAACCGAUACACUAUAUGAUGCUGGAGUUGAAAUCAGAAAUAAAAGUAAAAGCUGGUGAAGAACUCUCUGCUCUACCCAGGGGUAUGGAACUGGAUUACGUUGUUGGAUAUUAUGACAAUGUGGGGUUGAAAUUUAAUGCUGCCCAAACCAAGAUUUCUGUAUCAUCAAACCGUGCAGAUCUUGCAUCGUUCAGUACAGACUCAGAAAACGUGAUUACUGCAAAAUUUUUACGGGAUGGAAACAUGGUUAUCAAAAUCUACGACAACAAAUAUCCCAACGGGAUGUUUGACUAUGUCAACAUGGUGAUUGGGGAGAUUCUUUAUCCCGAAAAGACUAGUUUAACUGUUGGAGACAUCGUGUGCUUUUCAAUGCCACUGGUUUCCAAUGACGGUGAUCCUGGGUAUUGGCAAUCCUCGGAUCAAGAGUUAUUGGCCAUUGAUACUGUUAGUGGUAUUGGGAAGGCCUCGGCUCCGGGACAUGUGAAUGUUAAACACAGCUUAUCCACCCUUCCCCGUGGUGAAAUUCAACUCGACAUACAACCAAUUUCUGAGAUACAACUCGUUCCACCUAAGGGCAAAAAUAUGACCCUAUCAGAGCCAUUGGGGGUUCCACUAAUUUUGAAAAGCUCAAAUAGCUGCAUCAAGGAAAAUAAUUUACUGGCCCGUGGAGAGGGUGGAUGUCGAAUGCGGCGAAAUUUUGCACUAACCACCUUUCCCUUCGUCUGCACAGUCAAAUUCUCUGAGCCAGUGUCAUCUGUUGAUGUUAAGGAUAUUUUCAUAACUAGACCGAGGUUCGACAUUAUCACAGGGCUUUACUACUGUGAUUUAAUUCCCAUGAGCUCACCCUCUGUAGUGACGAGUACGUUGGACAUAUCGUUAAUUGUUGGGGCUCACAGCCGCGAAGUUUAUGCCACUUCGUUGCUUGUCCCCUUUUUACCAGGUGUCUACGUUCCUGCCAAAGAAAUCGUUUUCGCCAUAACGCCAUCAUCGUCGACUCCAUCUGCGAUUCUCCAAGUUCAUGGAACACCCAAGCUGUUGGCUCAAUUAACCAUAAAUCUACCAGAAGGCUUAGCUUUGGUUUCAGGGCCCCAUGGUGCUCAAGGCACCAUUGCCCAAUUUAAAAUACGUUUGACUCAUAAUCAAGACGAACUGCAGGGCAGUAGAAUAAGGAUCAUUAGCGACAUCACAAAACAAGAUUUACCCAUUCUCGUAAGGGUGUCGAAGUAUGAUCAGGUUGUUCCCAUCACCGGUAUAAAUUGGUUAGACUUUGUCUACUACCACAGAUAUACCUUUGGCACGUUCACAGCUCUAGUCAUAACUUUCUUCUACAUUUACGGUAGCAGGAUGAUGAGCAUCAACAUUUCGGUGAAAAACAGGUCCAUGUUUAAAGAGGGGUGUCCACCACCAAUGAAGAAUGCGUUCUCGCCAACUACUCCAGGUAGUCCAAACCAAAGAAAUAGUUCGAGUCCAGGCAGUGCAAAUACAUCGUUAAGGCCUUUCUCAGCCUUUGAACUUGUCUAUGGUUAUCCAUCUAGAUUUCAUACUCCAAAUUCCAGGCGGACUCAAAGUUUUCUGAACUCUUAGUAGUUAUAAGAAAUAAAAAUAUUUUCAAUUAUUUUUAUAAGUACAUGGCUCGUGGAGAAGAAGAUUCUCGUUGUUGUGAAGAUUUUUGUUUUAAGUUGACUCGUAUAGUGAUUUCUCCUUUAUGACUUCAUCACUGUGCCAUUUGAUACAUGUCGUACUUAGGUACCAUGCAGGUUGUGUGACUGUUGGUGCAGCUUGUGAGCUUUGCUCUUAAUAUGAUCAGAUGAUAGCUGAGCUUUUCUUUAUUUAUAACAAACUGAUAUUUUGUUUUUAUUAUUGAGUUGUAGAGAGUGUGGAGGAAAACAUUUCUCUAUUCCUUGUUUAACUACAUUUAACUAUAGUAUUCUUAGGUCCUCCUCACACAUUUUUGGAAUAUUCUUUAUCAAUAGAUAUAGUAUUAAUUACUUUGUACUCAUUUGAAGAAGUUUCUACUCAGGCAAAUCAUGAGAUAUUUAUUAUUCUUAACAUCUUGUUAAAUAUUAAAAUGUUGUACAUCGAA